UCAGUAUCAGCCAUCUCAAGUAGUUCAGCGCAAACGUUCCGUUUACCGUCCGGAUUAUAUCCACCAACAGAUCUCGGUCGUAACUGCACCGCACGUGACUUACACAGUGAAGAAAGUGAUUGAGCGUUCUAAGUGAGCUCUAGCAGAGAAUUGGAGUGAAUUAAUUUCUUGCCACACUAUCCCGAUUGCCGCAUUUUGUCACCUUUAUGGAGUCUGCUGUGGAACGUUAUACGGUACCAGAUACAGCCCGAGUCAGACAGCUAAGUCCGACGCAGUUGCACCAGGAGAAUGGUGCCGAAAGCGGAAACAGAUGAGCCCCGGACCGGGAAAAAUGGAACCAUCAAAACCAAUGGCAGCACCGGCGCGAGCGGCCGCAUCAUCAAUCCUCACCUGGUGCUGCUGAAGGUUUCCCUGUUCCUGAUAUUCGGGGCCACGUCGUCCCUGGUGCCCUAUCUGACGGUGCACAUGCAAAGCAUCGGCCUGACGGUGGAAGAAAUUGCAGCCGUUUAUUUGACACUGCUCUUCACGACCUGCCUCAGUCCACCGAUAACUGGAUACAUCGUCGAUAGGUUCGGUCGGUACAAACCGGUUCUGAUUGUUAUACUGGUGUUGAACUUGGCGGCUCAUCACUCAUUGAACCUGGUCCCAGUUAGAGCACCGUGGAUGCUGAGAACGCUGGAACCGGAUGCAGUGCGGAACGGGAUGAACAAUGGAACUCUUACUUUGGAAAACCCGUGCAACGACUUGGAGUGUCCAACGAUAUCAUUUCUGGAGAAAAAGCUCAAUGAAAAAUGCACAACCGGUGCAGGCAAUUCAUCUCAAAUAGAAAUGAUUGUUUCUCAUUUAGAGGAAAGAAUUUCUUGUGGGCUGUUAACAAUUCCAAUCUGCAUUUCUACACACCCAAUAGACGAAGGAAACUCAUCAUUCUUCAUACAAUGCCGCAACACUGUCGAGUACGACCAAACAUUCUGGUACUAUCUCCUGAUUCGAUUCAUUUCCACCACAAUGCUGACAGCCACUUUGACGAUCACCGAUCCCAUCGCUCUGGCCAUGAUUGAGCAGUACGGAGGAGAUUUCGGACGGGAGAAACUAUUCUCUAGCGCUGGAAUGGCAAUUUUCACUCCCCUCACAGGUCUCAUGAUCGAUCACUAUUCCAAAGGUUCCAGCAGCACGAACUACACACCAGCAUUCUACACAUACGAUGUGCUUCUUGGACUUUCCCUGAUAGCAGUGUUUCUACUUCCGGUUGGAAAGAAACGUCCCUCGGAAAGCAUCAUGCAGCAUUUGUGGGAAAUACUGCGGCUGCCACACGUGCUGCUGUUCUUGUUCUUUCUGUUUUUCCUGGGAAAUUUCUGGGGAUUCAUCGAAAGCUAUAUGUUCGUAAUCAUGAAAGAAAUGGGAUCCCCAAACUAUCUGCUUGGUUUGACCUACACCGUUGGAACGGUGACCAGCAUUCCGAUGAUGUACCUCACGAAACCAAUCACACGCUGGGCAGGACACGUCAAUCUGCUGGUGUUGGCAUUUUUUGCACACGCUACCAGAAUUCUCGGUUACUCUUUCAUGGAGAAUCCGUUCUGGUGUUUCCCGGUGGAGCUCAACGAGGCGAUAUCCUGUUACUUCAUGUGGGUGGUAGCUACGAUGUAUUGUACCGUGCUCGCACCGAACAGUUUGGUGGCCACUUUGAUCGGGGUGUCCGGAAUGGUUCACUUUUGUUUGGGUAAAGGAAUCGGUGCCUUUUUUGGAGGCUAUCUGAUGGCACAGUUCGGAACCAGGAUGGCAUUCCGCUACAUGGGAUACAUUGCUAUAGUUUGUGGAUGUUGCUAUAAAUUCCUUCAUAUUGUCUGGCUGAAAAAGUACGAUAAACACCAAGCUACCGAAGUGGAUGAUAUUGGGAAGCGCGGUGACCAAGAGAGGAGAAUAUCGCUAGUUCCCAAGUUCAGUCAGUUUGGAAGUGUUCCUGUGCUAAAUGACCAGAGUUAACCUCCAUGAACAUGCAAGUAAGGAACCUGCUGAAGUUCCCAAAACAAGCAAGAACGAUUAAGCAAGUGGGCUCGAUAUCAUUUAGUGAGCUGAUCGCCUUGAGUGUUCUGAAAUAAUAUGUACAUCAAUCAGUAAACCAAAGCCAA